GAAGCAACCUCGGUUCCGUUUCCGGUAUAUUCCCAUGAAGUUUUAGUUCUGUUAACAAUUUUCAUAACGUUCACAGGCAGACGUAUUGAUAGGUUCAAGAUAAUAUGGGUGAGCCAUCAGAAGAAUAUGAAAUUCUUGACCUGUCAGAAUACCGAAACAAAGAUUGGGUGCAAAAGAUGUUCGGGGACAUCACCAAACAGUCAGCAGCGAAGCAAGUCGUUGUCGGAGCAGCAGGGGGAUGGUUAGCUGGGUUCCUGUUCAUCAAAGUAGGAAAAACAGCCGCUGCAUCACUCGGGACAACCAUCCUGCUUGUACAGCUCGCUCAACAUCAAGGCUACAUCCGUGUCAACUGGAACAAGGUUGAACAAGGUGUGAACCGGGCCAAGAAAGAACUACAUAAAGAAGCCAACAGGCGGUAUCCUGGGAUCUUACAAAAUGCAAAGAAAUUUGUGCAACAGAAUGUCUUACUUGCUGGGUCCUUUGCUGGCGGCUUUUUCUUCGGCAUAGCUUUCUGAGUGCCUUGAGUGACACAGUAACUGUAUCCUGGCAUGAUGUGAUGUGUGAUACAGAUGACAGUGUGUGAUAUUAACAGUGUGGUGCCUCUGUUUGGGGACCACGGGAAUCGUUGACUCAAAGACAUUUGGCGUUUGGGAGCAACUGAGGGAUGAUGUACCAAAUUUUCUACCCUUGUCUGUCCAUACACAGCCUUGAGUUUUCUUGAUCUGACUUGAACAAAAAAGCUUGGACAGACAUCACACCAACUUGUUUCUAAACUGAAUAUCUUUUUGACCCUGUACCUAGAAAAUGGAAUUCAGUUGAUGUUCAAGAGAAUGAAGUUUAUCUGGCAAUUAAGGUUUAGUCAUUAAUCAAGCUGGUCAGUGCUUGUAGAUCCAUCUGGCAUGGACAAACAGACAUAUUUUUCAAUACUUUGUGCAUACACUAUAAACCUAGAAACUACCUAUCACUAAAAGUUUAUCAUGUACCUUGAAAUUAAAUGCUUAACUUUACCAUGUGUUUGUUGCAAGAGGCGACAAACGGGAUUGUGUGGUCACCCCGCCUUGGAUGAUGCAUGUCAUCGUAUCCCACUUGCGUGGGUUGAUGCUCAUGAUGUCAAUCACUGGAUUGUCUGAUCCAGAGUCGAUUAUUUAUAAACUGCCAUCACAGGGCUGGAAUAUUGCUGAGUGUGGCGUUAUACAGCAAACAAACAAAACUUAACAGCAGAUGACAGAAACUAAAUUUUGAGUUAUUCCCCUUAGAUCUAUUUCAUUUGGAAAAUAUCAUGAAUAUCUGGAGAAAGGCAUCUUACAUCAUAAUGCAAGAUUCCAUGUUUAAACUACCAUGUGUUUACUAACAUACACUAUAGGUUAUGGCAGGAUCAAGAGCGGUACAUGGGAUUUUAUGCAUCCCUCGUUAGGUUUAUACCACUCGCCUCAAGCUUGUUGUAUAAAACUUCACGCAGGACGCUGAGAAAUUUAUUUCCCUCGCAGGGGGGAUACAUCGUAUUUUAUCAAGAUCAUGUGCACAAUCAGAUCUCAACGUUCUGACAUGGAGGUAUGAUUAUACUAAAUAUAUCAUCUUCUAUCUUUGACUGCUGCUGUAGUUAUUACUUUGUCAACAGUAAAAAAAGCAAAGUGGGUAGGAUGAUAGUCAUAUACUUGAAGCCAACCAUUGUUGAAUGAUGGAUAGAUUCAACAGCUGGCAAACAGAUGCACCCAAAAAGAAUGAAUGCUGUUGAUGUUUCAGUAUUAGAUGAUUUCUACUUCCUGGUUUUGGUUGUGUUCUGUUAAUAUACCUGGUAUAUUGUUUCCUUUGAUGAGUAUCACUAUGACAUGGACUCAUGAUAUAAUGGUAGACAUGUUGAAUGAUUGUUGGAUGAAUGUUGAAUUGUUCUCAACAAAAUUUUGUAUAUUAUUUAUUUUGGUUCUGCUGACCUCAGCUUUUUCUCUGUAAUGUCGGCUAUAAGAAAUACAGUGAUACGUGUAAUGCUGUUCUCUGGGUGGUAAGACUCUCGGUGUUCUUGUCUUCUUGUAAUCUAAAACGAAAUCUGAACUUCAUGCAUGUCCCAUGCUCUAAAAAAAGUUUGAAUGAGUACAUGGUGAGUGUGUUUGGGUGAAUGACACUUUGAAACGUAUUUCCGCUAUAACAUAUCUUUUCAGCUUAAUGUAUGUGGAAAAUGAUGCAGACCUAAAAUACUGACCACUAUCAUGACAAAGGACCAAUAUCAAACCUGGGACUCAAACCCAUGAUCAUUGAAUCCAGGCAUGCCUAAGGGAAGCAACUCUGCACAGGUAUAUGGUGACGGAUGACUGGAACACGUGUGUCACCUUCGAAGGGUUGAAUGACAUGAAUCAGUUUGUAUGGAAUGUACCACAGGUGAUGCUAAGCUGUGGGCGUCUAAGUGAAUUUCAGGAUGCAGUCAGUGAUACAGAUUCGUCUUUCGUGAUCAUGAAGUUAUUUGCAAUGUAUAUAAAUGGUACCAGUGUUAAAUGGUAAGGCUAGGUAUGUGAGUUGAGACUACCACAUAUUUGAUCAGUAUUUAAGUUAUGUUACAGCAUAUAAGCUACUGUUAACUGUAUAUCUUUUAGCUGUAAAUUAUUUUGAAUGGAUAUGAAUGAUGAUAAAAAGGCAAAUGUCUAUUACUUGCUGUGUUAAUUAUGGAUUUUAACCUUCUGAUUUACAUCUUUUGACAACUUUCCCAUUUUCAUGGAAACUUUAAAUAACUUUAGGACAGGUAAAUACUUCUUUCCUUCACUGAAAUGCCAUGUACACAAUGAUGCUGGCAUCAGAUUAGCUGUUUAAGCCGGAACCUUGUUAUUGUGAUUUGAAACCUCUGACUUUAUCAGAGUCAAUUGUCCACCAAACUUGUGGUGGAAUAAGUAACAGUUAACUUUAACAGUGAGCAUGUUGCUGCUGAGUAAUAUGUGCUAUUUGUGUGAGCGUGACGUGUACUUUGUCAAGAUAACUGAGAUUCAUUUUGUGUUUAGUCAGAAAGCAGAUAUGCACCAACUACAUGGAUGUUUACAAAAGUCCAUGAUUUCUGUUAACAAUUGUUUGUACUUUUCCCGCCACACUUUUCAUUAUGAAGAAAGUGCUGAUGUCCAAAUGUAAAAAUAGUUUCAUGUUUAACUUGGACAUUGCAGAUCCCUUAUAUUCCUGGUCGAGGUCAAUGGUGGUCAUAUCUGGGCUUGAUGAUUUUUUUCUCCCUGUUUGAAUGUGUGUUUGAAGUAAAAAAUGUAGAAUGUCUUGCUUCUUGAAGACAGUGAAUUGAACGCAUAUCCUGUGCAGGUAUUUCAGUGCUUUAGGUCUGCAAGGUCGGCCCCAUUUGCUGUUCCUGUGCCAUGUAAAGUGUGCAUGUUGACAAUAUAACAAAUAGAGUGCAAUGUCUUUUUCAACAUAUUUUACACAGAAUGGUUUGUAUGCUGAUUUGGCUUACAUGGGAGUAAAUAAAACAAUAUACAAUACCUUCAACAA